CCGCUCCAACCCUCCCCCCCCCCCCUCCGCCCCCCGGCUUUCUCCAGCCCCCCCCAGGCUCCGUGGCCACCACGGGCGCCAUGAGCCGGCCGGCCGCCGAGGGCCACCCGGGUGCCGGGGACCAGCCAGAGACUGAGGCUCACCGGGGAUCGGUGGCCAACGAGGGCUUCAGGGACCACCAAGGCUCCGUGGCCAACCAGGGCUCCAUGGACCACCAGGGCUCCGUGGCCAACCAGGGCUCCAUGGACCACCAGGGCUCCGUGGCCAACGAGGGCUUCAUGGACCACCAGGGCUCCGUGGCCAACCAGGGUUCCCAGGACCACCUAGAGACUGAGGACCACCAGGGCUUCAGGGACCACUGGGGCUCCAUGGCCAACCAAGGCUUCAGGGACCACCUAGAGACCGAGGACCACCAAGGCUCCAUGGACCACCUAGAGACUAAGGACCACCAGGGCUUCAUGGACCACCAAGGCUCCGUGGCCAACGAGGGCUCCAUGGACCACCUAGAGACUGAGGACCACCAGGGCUUCAUGGACCACCAAGGCUCCGUUGCCAACGAGGGCUCCAUGGACCACCUAGAGACUGAGGACCACCAAGGCUCUGUGGCCAACCAGGGCUCCAUGGACCACCUAGAGACUGAGGACCACCAGGGCUCCAUGGACUACCAGGGCUCCGUGGCCAACCAGGGCUUCAGGGACCACCAAGGUUCUGAGGACCACCAAGGCCCCAUGGCCAGCCAGGGCUUCAUGGACUACCAGGGCUCCGUGGUCAACCAGGGUUCCCAGGACCACCUAGAGACUGAGGACCACCAGGGCUUCACGGACCACCGGGGCUCUGUGGCCAACCAAGGCUUCAGGGACCACCUAGAGACUGAGGACCACCAGGGAUCGGUGGCCAACCAGAGCUUCAUGGACCACCGGGGCACUGUGGCCAACCAGGGCUUCAAGGAUCACCAGGGCUCCAUGGGCAACCGAGGCUCUGAGGACCACCCAGAGACUGAGGACCACCAGGGCUUCAUGGACCACCAAGGCUCCGUGGCCAACCAGGACUUCAUGGCCCACCAGGGCUCUGAGGGCCACCUAGAGACUAAGGCCCACCAAGGCUUCGUGGCCAACCGAAACUCUGUGACCCACCAGGACUUUGUGACCCACCAGGACUUUGUGGCCCACCAGGGCUCCGAGGGCCACCUAGAGACUGAGGCACACCAGGGCUCUGUGGCCCAGGAGGGCUCCUGGGACCACCUAGAUCCCAGCAUCAAUGAUGGUUCCGUGGCCCGGUUAGACUUGAAGGGCCACCAAGGCUCUGUGGCCAGCCCGGCCUCCGAGGGCCACCAAGGCCCUGUGGCCCAUUUAGACCCGAAGGUCCAUGAGAUCUUGGUGGCCAACCCAGGCCCCACGGCCAACCCAGGCCCCACGGCCCAUCUUGAGACCGAGGUCAACCAAGACCCCGCGGCCCGUCUAGGUCUGAAGGUCCACCAAGACCCCGUGGCCAAGCGUAGCCCCACGGCCCCUCUAGACCUGAAGGUCCACCAAGACCCCAUGGCCAACCGUAGCCCCACGGCCCCUCUAGACUUGAAGGUCCACCAAGACCCCAUGGCCAACCGUAGCCCCAUGGCCCCUCUAGACUUGAAGGUCCACCAUGACUCCAUGGCCAACCGAGGCCCCACGGCCCGUCUGGAGACCAAGUUCCACCAAGACUCUGUGGCCAACUGGGCCACCCCGUCCCGUCUGCGUCCCCGUGUCCCCUUGGGUGGCCACCUGGGUUUGGUGCUGCUGACCUUGGGGUCCCUCCUCCUACCGGGGACCUCAGGGGCGGCCCUGGAGUUCGGGGGCGCCCCGGGCCAAUGGGCGCGUUACGGCCGGUGGGCUCCGGGGGCCGGUGGCCAACUGAGCUUCAGCUUGAAGACCAACAUCUCCCGGGCCCUGGUGCUCUACCUGGACGACGGCGGCAACUGUGACUUCUUGGAGCUGCUGGUGGCCGAGGGCCGCCUUCGCCUUCGCUUCGCCAUCGCCUGCGCCGAGCCGGCCACCGUCCAACCCCCGCCGCCGGUCAACGACGGCCGGUGGCACAUGGUUCUCCUCACCCGUAACGCCCGCGAAACCUCCUUGGCCGUGGACGGCGAGACGCGGGCGGCCAGCGUCCGCUCCAAGCGGGCCGAGAUGGUGGUGGCCAGCGACCUCUUCGUGGGGGGGAUCCCGCCCGACGUCCGCCUCUCGGCGUUGACCCUCAGCACCGUCAAGUAUGAGGCCCCCUUCCAAGGCUGGUUGGCCAACCUGAAGGUGGGGGAGGCGCCGGCCGCCCUCCUGGGGGCCCAAGGGGUGCGGGGCGAGGGGGAGGAACGCUGCGCCCGUCACCCGCCCUGCGCCCACGGCGGCCGCUGCACCCUGCGCCGCGGCGAGCCCCGCUGCGACUGCGCCGGCACCGGCUACCGCGGACCCUUCUGCGCCGAAGAGGAAGAACCCGCCGUGGAGG